CCCUUUGAAUCUUUCCCUAUGAUCUUCCACUAACGUCCCUUUCAUCUCCUACCCCAUUGUGCCCUAUCUUUUAAGAAUGCAAGUUCCCAGCGGAACUGCUGGUUGAUUUUCAUGGGGAACCCACGCGCCACCUAACAGAGAUCGUGCGCCUUGAGGAAGGCCAAAAGACAAACACCCCCGGAAUCCCCAUACUCUCGAGGUUCCUCCUCCCCGAAACCUACCUUGAUCGUGGGCUAAUCUCCACGAUCACCCACCCACACGACACACCCUCCAUGGCGCAAUCAUAUCAUCAGUCCCAGGCAGCCCUGGCCGGCUUCCUCGACUCAAUGCAGCAGGAUACUAGUAUGUCCGCGUACAACCUGUUCGGACCCUCGCAGUAUCCCGAGAGUGUCGCGUUCUGGCAUGACCCUUCCGCGGCACCACAGCCCAUAGCCCUUCCCGCUCCGUCAUACCCGCCCAAACAGCCGACCCUACUACAGCCCCUCGUGGACCAGAAGAAACACAAGCGCACUCGUAGCGGCUGCUUCACCUGUCGCUCACGUCGCAUCAAAUGCGACGAAGGUCGCCCUAUCUGCGAACGCUGUCGGAAGGGCAGUCGGGAUUGUGUCUAUCCAUCGCCAAAUGCACCCUCAGCCAAGGGCUCCCGCUCGGCCAAAUCACGCAGCGCCCGCCCCCAAUCACAGGGCAGUGACUCAUCUGGUAAAUUUGAAGCUGAUGAAGUUAGCCCGCUUGAGCCGAUUAUCGAUGAAGAGGAGCCCGAAGGUACUGAGGUGGGAUCGGAGCUAUCGCCAACGAGUGGCACUGGCACUGGCCAGUCACGACAUGACCUGCACCGCACGCAGAGUGGUCAGUCACUGCGAAAGCGCAGCCUUAAACAGCCAUCGGAGGCGGGAUCAUUCAAUCUAGAGCCCAGUAGCUCUCCUUCAACCGAGUCAUCGCGGUUCGAGUCGGUGAGUGUACGGUCGGCGAGUAUCAGCCAGUCUACGCUAGACCUGCUCAAUAAUAGUCGACUAUCGGAAGAUUUGCGAUUUUACCUCGAUUUUCAUCAACAGUUUAUCUCGCAUGAACAUUUCUCUUUGAGACAAGGCAGCGCUCGUUUUAUUCAUCACAGCAUUAUCGAACUUGCACUGGGCUAUGAGCCUUUACUCUACGCUUUGGUCGGAUUUGCAGCAUAUCAUCACACGUUACAGAGUGGAGGGAAGCUCUAUACAUUUUUGAAAUAUUAUAACAAGGCUUUGGUGCUUUUACGAAAGUCGUUGGAAUCGGGCGAGGAACACAGUGAAGCAACGUUGUGCACAGUUCUUGUUCUAACGACGUUUGAGGAGUAUAUUGGAGACUGGGUGAACUUGAUCGAUCAUCAUCAAGCCGCACACGCCUUGAUGCGAGAACUAUUAACACCCGAAUCCUCUAAUUUGGUCGAACUCCAUACCAACAUCUUCCUCUGGUACGCACGAUUCGACGUGGUGGCAGGCAUUCUGGCCGGCACCGAGACAAUCCUUGGCCGUGACUGGUACAUCUCAAAGGAGCAAUACGACGCCGACCAAGCAGCUAUGUACCCCGAAGAUCCAAGGAAACAACUUGCCCUUGUAGCCUCAAUCAACCGGCGGUUCGGGCUGGACAUGGCCUCGCUGUACGCCAAGCUCUCGCGCGGCAUGAUCCCGUUCGAUCAGUUUGCCCUUCAGAACGAACAACUAGGUCAAUCCCUGGAGCAUGCGAAGAAUAUCCUCAAACAGUUUGACGAUUGCGAAGACACAGUGCGCUCGUAUCCAAAUCAGCAACCCCUGACGGAUGACGAUAUCGUGGAUCCUUACAUACCGGGCUGCAUAUUGCAGGGGCCUCUUUGGGAUGCGAAUUAUGCGAAGAUCGAUCUCCUCUCCACCGAGCUGAUGUUUAAAUAUCAAACCAUGCUUUCGUUGAAGCAGCCGCUCAUUGCGGACCUGCAGCGGUUGGCCUUUGAACAAUGUCAGUUGAUGGAGACGAUAUCACGCUGGCCGGAUAAGGGAAAUGGAUAUUGCAUCGCCUUCAAGAACAGUAUUGGUCUUUCGAGCAUGUUUCUGCCCAAGGAUCUAAAGCAUCAGAUGUGGUCGAGGCGCAAGCUAGCCUUGAUGGAGCAGAAUGGGUACAUCAUUGCCCCUCGAUUCCGCGCCGCCCUCGCCGCCAUCUGGCAACUCCCCGAACUACAGCACUGGUGGCUUCCCAAUGAUGAAGGCUACACAGAUAUCAUCCGUGAGGUCCGAGGCAUGUCUGAAGAGCGAAUGAACCAACCUCUCGACGAUUUCCGCGAAAAUGUGCGGGACAUGAAAUCGCUUUUCUGGAAGCUCAGUGUGGAUGAGGGUCAGAAUGAAGAACAGAGCCCUUCGAGUAGCCAUAACAGCUAUACUUGAUGGAUUUCGAUGGGUCUCCCGACUACCUUUUUAACCGGCCACGACGCAUCCUUGUCACCCCGGUGCGCCAUACAACGCCCACAUCUCUGCAUAUCGCGAGUCAUAUCGAACACCUCCAAGCUGCGUCCCAGUCACAGCUACACCAUACCAUCGACAGAGUCCUCAUAGACCAGUACCCGAUAACCCCACUUGCCGAUUCCAUAUAAUCAUGACCACCUCCGUACUCCCGACCGGCUUGAUCUGAGCUGAUUGGAGAACGGGGGAAUCAACCCGCUUCUGAAGAGGCAUGACACGCCCUGUACUCCAUAUCCUAAUCUCUCCUCGAUGCCUGGCACGGCAUUUUCGCCAGUCAUGACUUUAUGUGUACACUCAUCAUUCAUAUACCCUACUUGUUGACAAUCCAAGAAAUUUCACACAUCAUAUCUACAUGUCAUAUUAAAGGCAAUAUCUUGGAAUUCAGUCAUACUGGCAAUAAAAAUACAAGAAACUAGGAGAUGACAGUGUAUGAUAGAUGGUCAUUAUCAUUGAGCCAUUUCAAUGGAUGUUUUCUUUGAUUGGAUUACAUUCUCAUAUGCUAUG